AUGUUCCAAAAAGACAUAGAAAUCGUCCGAGGAUCUGGCGGAUUCAUCGACAGUCUGAGCAGAGAGAAUAUCAAAUGCCCUAGUUGGUAUCAAUCCUGGCAGGGAUAUGAGCGCUGCUAUCCGCAAAAAGAGUUUGACUGGUGCUGGGACGUACGGCCGUAUUGCUCUAAGGUAAAAGUGCGAUUCACCCACUUUGCGGUAGAAGAGCAAUCCAAAUUCCUCCAAAACUGGCACGGUCUCACUGGCGAAGAUGUCUGCAUCGAUAGCGUGGGAGUCGCAUGGGCGAACUCUACGCGCGUCUUUUGCGACGAAUCGCAUCAGAACUCCCGGGAAUUCACAUUCUCCGACAACAAGGAGUACGAUCCGAAUUUGUUGGGUUGGUUUUCGUGGGUUGAACUCGACGCGGCAGAAUUUGCGAUUAGCCAAGAAACCAUCGAUCUGAUCCUAGAAGAAGUUCCAUCAAGCACGCUGAUCAAAGAACGCUCCCUGCAGAUGAAAGAGUUUGGAUGUGCUACUUGCCAUCAGAAUGCCGACUGCGUGAAUAGCAAAUGUGUGUGUAGAGAUGGUUUUAAAGGCACCGGCUAUUCCUGCGUUCCAUUAGCUGGAAGAUGCAGCAAAAAGGCCAGAAAUCCAUGCUCAAAAAACGCCAUCUGCGAAGAACAACCCGGAAAGGCACCUCCAAAAUGCACUUGUAAAGAAGGAUACACGGGCUCUGGAAAGAAGUGCAUCAAAAGCUCGAAAAUCUGCAGCGAGGAGUGCGAUAAAAACGCGAUUUGCAUCAACUCCGAGUGUAUUUGCAAUGUUGGGUUCAAUGGAGAUGGACGGACAUGCAAAAAAUUGGCAUAUACUGAAGAGCCCGUGCAGAAGCCAGAGGCUAAAUCAUCAGCUUGUGUUCUUAGCGAGCCUGAGCCGGGCUCAUCAUGCUUCCAGACUUUGGAAAGGAUGAGCGCCUUUGUCACGUGCGAAGACUCGUUCAAGAGCGCGCUCAAAAGGGAUAAGCUGAUUCUGAAGAUGGGCGAGCUCCUCGAUCGCUUCUGCAUCGAGCUCGAGGAGAAUCGACCGGACAGGAAAAUGUUCGGGAAGAAGAGAGAACGACCAAAAACGGGUGAAGAGCCCGGACGAAAAUUAGAACUUUGCCAGAAUGGAGUGAGGAAUCAGUCCAAUCAUGCAACUACCUCCUCUCGAGAACAAGGGGAGAUUAUUGAAGUCACUCUUGAUCGAACACUUGGUGGACUGGGAAUCUCAAUCACAGGUGGUGCGGACAAUCAAAUUCUAGAGGGCAAUUCUGGUGUCUUUAUUACUAAUAUCAUGAAAAAUGGCUCGGCCGCGCUGGACGGACGCCUGCGAGUUGGAGACAUGCUUGUAAAGAUUGAAAAUGAUAGUUUGAUUAACGAGCGUCACAAGAAGGCGGUAAAGAUGCUUCAGAAGGCGCCGAAAAGGGUGAAGCUCAUUGUCAGAAGAAACAGCACAUAUGUUAGGGUAGUUCAAAUCUGCAGGCUGGCGAUGGGGCUUGGCUUUAAUAUUGUUGGAGGCGAAAUGGACAAUCAAGGCAUAUUUAUUUCGUAUCUACAUCCAACCGGCGUAGCAGAAUCAACGGGAAAAAUUAGAGAAGGCGAUCAAAUCGUUGCAGUCAACAAUAUUUCCUUCCUGAACAUGAAUCAUCAAGACGCCGUAAGAAUUCUCCGAUCUGUCGACGAAUGCAUCGUCAUCGAGCUCUCCUACCAGCCCGAAAAGUUUCACAAAUUAAAAGAUGAAAUCUGGAAGCUGAGGGAGCAAAAUAGAAGAAAAGUUUUACACUGUGAUUCUGUAAAAUUGUGA